AUUACCUUUUUCACUUUCAGCAAGUAAUGCGUAAUAGCUUCCCUGGAGCCUUUCCCCCCAAUUACCCGGGUCACCCUCGUGCUCCCUACGUGCGUGACCAGAGGUAUAGAGGGAAUGGACCCUCCCCUUCAGGCAACAGUGAGGAAGAUAUAGUUGUGCCUCCUCCUAUUAUAAAGAAGGAGGCCCUGGAAGGGUUUGAGGAUGAUCCAUGUGUUACAGAAGGCUGGGCUACUAGUGCAGCGGAAGUUGAUUAUAACCAGAAAUUGAACUUCAGUGAAGAUGAAGGAACUGUAGAUGAAGAUACUCCUACCCUACGAAAUACAGAACGGAAGUCAGAUCGAAGGGAUAGAUGGGAAAAAGACAGAGGCCGGGAUAUAGCCCGAGAGUCAGAGGAACGCCGUGAAGUGUCUAGAGAACCCGAGAGAGAAUCUUCCAUGAGAGAGAAAAAUCCCCAAGGUUCUCGAGAACGUGACAAUAGGCGCGACAUGGCUGAGGACCGUCGAGAUCGUGACCGCAGAUUCUCUCCUGGUGACCCUGAAAGGUGGCAACACCGAGGAGGUUUUGAUUAUCGUGGAGGAUCUGGUCGUGAUUAUGGUGGCCCACAGAAUUCUGGGAACCGGGGCUGUCCCCCCCAACAUGUGCAGGCACACAACUCCCCUCAUACUGUACCUGCAAGCACAUCUGUGCAUCCCCCAUCUCGCCCACCCUCUCUCACCCCUGUGCAUCCUCCUACUCAUCAGUUAGCUCAUGCACCAUCUUUGUCACCAUCAUCACACCCCAGGGAAGAAGAGGAUUCAUGGCGUGAUAAACGGGUCCCUGGAGAUGAGGUACAGGUUGCCCUGGAGAGAGCAAGGCAGCGCCAUGAAGAGGAGGAGAAGCGCUAUGAAGAAAAGAAAAGGUUUGAGCAGAACAAGGUUAUCAAGAAGUCCAGAGAUCCAAGGGUUUUUGAUGAAAGGGAGAGAGAAGAACCUGAUGCGGUCAGGGAGCGUUCACGUGGCAGUAGUGAGUCGAGGGACGAUAAGCCUCCCAGCCGAGAUGGGCGGGACUAUCGGCAACACCCAGACCGCCGAGAAAACUAUAGGGACAGUUACAGGGAUCAUCCACGUGAGCAGUAUGAUAGACCUUUUGAUAGACGUGAUGGACAGCGGGAUUCACAGCCAGUGUUUUCCUCGCAGUUCAAAAGUAAGCUACCUCCAAGAUUCCAGAAACAACAACAGCAACAAGAGAUGAUGCGUGCUGGUGGGGGUGGCCAACCUUUUCGUGGACAAAAUUCACAGGCAGCUCCAUUAUUUGAACCACGCUUUGGUUCAAGCGCAGGAGGACGGUUUAUGAAUCGGGAUAAUGAAAGUAAAGAGAGAAGAAUGAGGACAGACAGUGAUACCUCUGGGAAAUUACAGAUGAGAGGCCAGCAAGUGGACUUUCAGCAGAACGUCACAGAGAUGAUAGAGAGGAAAGGCUGGAUCGCCCAGACCAGAGAGACUAUAGAUAUGAUCGAUCUGAUAGAAACGAUAGGUCAGAGCGCCUAGACAGGAUUGAGAGAUCUGAAAGAUCUGACCGCCCAGAUCGCUCAGAGCGCAUUGACCGACCUGAUCGCUCAGAGAGAAUUGACCGAGCAGACCGUGGAGAGAGAAUUGAUAGGCCAGAUCGCUCGGAAAGAAUUGACAGGCCAGAUCGUUCAGAACGCAUUGACAGACCUGAGCGAGUAGAGAGACCAGAAAGGGUUGACUCUCGAGGCAGGGAUGAAUUCUAUGAUAGACCAGAUAGAGAUGGGAGGUAUCGCGGCCGAGGCUCCCAAGGAAAUUAUAGGGAUCGGGACCGCGACCGUGAUCGCGACCGGGACCGGGACCGUGAUUGUUGGGCACGAACUUCCUAUUAUGAAAAGUAUGAGGAACGUCUUGAGCCGCGAGACUUGGAUUAUGAUAGACGG